AUGGGUCUCGAAGAACACUUCACAAGCUACAUUUGGACACCAAUAUCUAGAACUCUUGAUUCGGAACUUCUGAGAUAUGAGCCAGUUCUGGUGAGCCAGCCACAGAUUGAGGAAGUACUGCCUCUUAUGAUUCAAGCCAAACCCCCCACAACUCCUGUAUCAAUGCGAUCCAGUUUUUGCAAACCCCUCAGCACUUAUCCAGCCCCACUCAGCAGUCAGCUUUCCUCCCUCCCACCCUCAAGCAUUGCUGCAUCAUUGCCUGGUGGCCCCAAGGACACUCCCAACACCACUAUGGCUCCAGAGAGAACCACAGGGAGGGGUCCUCAGACUGCAAAGAUUGCUCGCAUAAAGUUUUCACCUUAUCCUGGGCCAGACAUUGGGGAGGCUUUGGAGCUCCACUUUGUGAGGAAGUCUCUGAGAGGGGGAGCAGGAGUUGUUCACCCAAAUGAUGCUGGAGAUGGGAAAUUCCUUUUUCACAAUGGUAUCAAGGACCUUCCAGACAUGGUGAUAAAAGAGGCAGUCUUGAUGAAACAUGCAGCCUGGGAGCUCAGGGAAGCUGAGCACUACAGCAAUUUUAUGAAAUAUAUCUAUCAAGCCAACUGUAAGAAGUAUGGGGAGUAUCUGGGGGAUAGACAAGGUGAUGUGGAUCUGGAUCAUGCAGCGGAACUACAAACACCCAGCUCAAUCAACUUGAAGAGGAAGUGCAAUGCCAUGUUCACAACUUGUCAAGUGAAUUCAAUGGCUCAUCAGAUUGUGAUGCCAGUGACAGAUAUGUGGAGUCAGUUUCUUCCCUCUUCCAUCACUCCCACCACCAUGGAUUGGCCAAUUUUCAGAGACAAGGGAUACUUGGAAUUGACUGGCCAAGAGUAUUUUCUGUUCACAUUGCAAUGGCAGGGGACAGGCCAAACUGGCAGGGGGAAGUUGCCAGAGAUAGGGAAUGACCAGUUCAAAACUCAACCUGGCCAACCUAAUAAUCUACUUCCUGGACCCUGUGCAGAGUCCAGCACAUUAUACAGCCCCUGGGGGAAUUAUAAUUACAAACUCCUGACCAUAAUUUGGGGGAAAUAA